CGCAGUCAUGGCAGUCAUCAGCUGGGUAGCUCUGAAUGUGCGAAAGUUGUGUUCGUAGGUGCCAAGACUUCCUGCGCAGCUUUGUUCUACAGAUUAAAACCGUCCAUAGUAUAGCACAACAGCGAAAGGAAACGCCAUGGCCCACGUAAGGAAGCUAAGCAUCAGCGGGUUCCGCACAGACGAUGACGACGACGAGCGAAAUCUCGACGCCUCCUACAAGUUUGGUUGGCCCGGGGAAUCGGCGAACGGUGGAACGACGACUCCGUCGCUUUUGAACGAUCCGGUGCGCCUCGAAUUUAUCAUUCGACGUGACAUGUACUGUUCGAAGAGAACCUCGCGGAACUUCGGCGACUACGUGCAGAGCCGCGAACUGGGCCUCCAUCAUAGACAACGGCUGGGUGUGAACGAGACGUACGGCGCCCGACACCUGCUCCAGAAUGGCCUCUACCGCGAGCGCGAGAUCAGCCUAGGUCGCAUAAACAAGGUAUUUUGCUCGGCGUGGCUCUCGGAGCGUCAAAUAGUGUUCGGCACGAAGUGCAACAAACUCAUGGUGCUCGACUCGGAGAACGGCAAGCUCUGCCAGAUUCCGAGCCUGCAGAGCUCGCAUGCCAGCCCGCCGCCCGAGAACCACUGCGGCAUCCACGCUCUCCAGAUGAACCCGUCGCGGACUCUCCUGGCGACGGGCGCCCAGCACUCGAACGACACGGCCAUCUACAGGCUGCCCACCUUGGACCCAGUGUGCGUCGGCGAGAGGGCUCACACGGACUGGAUCUUCGACCUGGCAUGGCUCGAUGACGAGUUUUACGUGACUGGUUCGCGGGACGCGACGCUGGCACUGUGGAGAGUGCAGGAGCCGCGCGGUUGGGACGACGUCGCCUGGGAUGCGCCCUCGCUGCUGCCGCUGCGCUAUCAGGUGGUGAGGCCGCUCGCCGUGCGCGGCUGCAAGGACGCCGACAAGAUUCGAGCGCUGCUGUUCAGCCGACGGCACGACGAGAUCGUCGCGCUGUCGCUCAACGCUUACAUCCACCAAUGGGACGCGCGCACGCUUCGCUGGAAGGCAUCCCACAAGAUGCCUUACUGCCAAGAGAACGUCUGCCUCGCGCAGCAGCCGGAGCGCAACGUCUAUGCGGUCGGUUCCAAGUCGUACGUCACGUUUCUGGACUCGCGGACGCUUCAGCAGACGCACAAGGUUCCGUCAAAAUAUAUCGGCUGCGGUAUCCGGUCUCUGAGCUUCAUGGAUGACCUGCUAACCAUCGGUACUGGUAUAGGUGUGCUGCUGUUCUUUGACUUGCGCGCUUCCAAGUACCUCGAAGACGCCGAUAGGGCCAGGUACAGCACCCUGAAAGCCAACAGGGGCUGGGUCCAUGCCGACGAGUUGUACCGUGAGGUUUUCUGGAACACUGAGUACAAUCCAGCCAUCUACACGCACUGCUAUGAUCCUUCGGGGCUGCGGCUGUUUGCAGCAGGUGGACCCCUGCCCGCGAGCCUUCAAGGCAACUAUGCUGGGCUGUGGUAUUGACAGUGGCAGUCAUAACACACAACAAGGCCUUUGACAGCUCUGCCUGCGAGUGAGCCAUAGUUGUGGAUCAAAAACCAAUGUCCCAUAUGCCUUCUGGUGGCACUGAGUAAAGUUCUAUAAUAGUACAGCAAAGUCUACCAAUGUGUGCUUUGUGCCAUUCAGUUGUGAAAGUGGCUGGCCCGCCUUCCAGCUCUUUCUCCCAUGAGUGCAAAAACGAACCGGCAAUGCUUGCAUGUGACUUGAAACCACUGCAUGAAAGGCCGUUUGCUGUGUGUCGUGGCAGAGCCAAAUUUCUCCAGACAGAGUCAUUGUGAAAUUUGACUCCCAGUGCAUGUGUUGCUGUGCUUGUUUGGGUUAUGGGUGCAUGACAUGAUGCACCUGUGCCCUUAAAUGACGCUUAGUACAGUGUUCUCAAGCUUCUUUUUCCCUGUUUAGCCAUCACUUACCUUUGUCAAUCUACUGUAUGAAGAAGGGUCUCUGGUGCCCUGUUGCUUAUGGUGCUCGAGCAUAAGUGAAUGAAGGCAUGCAUGGUACUGGAUGAUAUUCAGGCCCUGCUUUUAGGCCUGCUUCAAUUGCAAAGUAGCCUGAAGCCUCACGAAAAAAACUGAUGUUCUCCACAGCACACAUUAUCCACACUGUUGUCUGUCUUGCCUCGCAGCUUAUACCAAUGGCAGGUGGGCUUUUUAUUCAGUCAUGGCUAUCAAGUGGCGCUCUCGGGCAGCCUUUCAGGUCGUUGGAGGUCUGCAGAGAAAUGGAGCUGCGCUGUGUUGCUUUUCUAAAGCCACUUUAUUGUGAUAAUGCUGUCGCAUUUUAUCGUGAAAAGUGUAUUUCGUACCAGACCAGCGAAAACAAAUGUAUAAUUUGCAAGUGGAUGAAGUCCUCUCAAUGUGUAAGGAAUCUCUUUGGCUGCAUUUUGGCCUGGUUCAUCUGUCCUAAUGAUUAUCCAGAAGUGUUCACUUCAUGGUUAUAUGUUCUUGUGUGCGUUCUUCGUUUGGUGACACUGCCCCACACACUCUUUCGGAACUUAUUGUAGACAUAAUAUAACUAGCUGAUGUGUUUUAAAAAGUGAAUUGCUGUUUUUGGCAUUCGCAUGAUUUGAACACCUGUUAUAUGUGCAUUGUGAAUGUUGCGCUUGGUUUUUUAGAAGCCAGAUGUCCUUUCCGACACCUUUGUUCCUUUUUACCAUUUUUCUGCAAAGACUUAUGUAUUGCCUUACAAGCUGGCCACAUUCGUGUGAUGGUCAGCGCUAUAAAGUCUUUUUUUUUUU